GUUGCGGGGACUGAGGUCCAUAGAAAUUUGACAGCUUCACAGGUGAGACAUCGUCCAGAAGCUGUUUCACUUUCCAUUUCAGUUUUCCGGACCACAUUCGCUGUGAGCCUGGGGUUGCCACAGUCAAAAAACAGCCACUCGAAGACCAAUCAUUCCGGCAGCAUGAGCAAAAAGAAAAAGGACUGGAAGACUGAGAAAGAGAGACUGCUCCGUCUAGAUCGGGAGGAGAGACGCAAGGAGUAUCGUCGCCAUGAUUUCAUAUCUCUGGACAACAUUCCCACCUGGAGAGAGGAGAGCAAAUUGAAUGACAAAGAGGAGGGAAAGGAGCUGACAGGAGGAGGAGGAGGAGGAGGAGGAGGAGGAGGAGAAGGAGGAGGCGGCGGAGGAGAAGGAGGAGGCGGAGGAGGAGGAGGAGUGAGUGACAAAGUAUCUCUCUACAAAGGAGACAUCACCAUCUUGGAGGUGGAUGCUAUAGUAAAUGCUGCAAACUCCAGUCUUCUGGGAGGUGGGGGAGUUGAUGGCUGCAUACACAAAGCGGCAGGGUCCUGUCUAUACGAUGAGUGCCACUCACUAAAUGGCUGUGAAACUGGCAAAGCCAAGAUCACCUGCGGCUAUGAUCUCCCAGCAAGAUAUGUGAUCCACACUGUGGGCCCAGUGGCCAGAGGUCAUGUGGGCAAUGCUGAGACCAAUGACCUCACUUCCUGCUACCAGAACUCCCUCAAGCUGGUGAUGGAGCAUGGCUUGAGCACUGUGGCCUUCCCGUGUAUAUCCACAGGCAUCUACGGCUUUCCCAAUGAGCCUGCAGCUGAUAUCGCUCUGAACACAGUAAAGAGCUGGAUCGAAGAGAACCCUGAUAAGAUCACACGGGUCAUAUUCUGUGUCUUCCUCGAGACUGAUUUCACCAUCUACAAGAAGAAAAUGUCUGCACUCUUCCAAGACAAUGACAUGGAGGUUACAGAGGGACAGCUGAAGGGAGGUAACACACCGCCAUCUAAGAAAUCCAGAAGCAGGGAUCAAAGUCAAGACAGCAACAGAGAUGAAGAUGAAACAGGUGAUGAGGAGGAGGCUGAAAAUGAUGCUGCAGAAAGUGCAGACGUGGAGAUGGAGAGUCAAAACCCAGAUGAAGAUUCAGGCCACGAGGAACCGAAUGAAGCCGACGAUAAAGAUGAAAACGAAAAUGAAGACAAAGAUGAGGACAAAGGCACUGACAACGACAAUGUCAAAGAGGAAGACAAAGCAGAGGAAGAGCAGCCUGCUGUAAAGACAGAAGAAGAAGAAGACACAGGAAAGUGCACACAGGAGAUGGAAGAUGUCUGUGAAACUGAGACUGGCACCAGCAAUGCAGCGGACAUGGAAGAUCAAGUCAAGAGCUCGCAGGAAUCAGUUUCAAUUCCAUCUGACAGCAUUGAGUCCAAAGAAACUGUCGAGAAGAAAGAAUGACCAGCUGAGGGAAGGACAAUCAACCUCAUCUGACAGCCAGCAAACUGUGUGAAGGCCAACCGCACCGGUGUCAGACUAGCCUGUGGUAGUGUGGGCUCUGACACUGGCCCAGGAGAACCAGUUAUUCACAAGAUACUCACAUUCCCAACUUUGUUUAACCUUUCUUUUCCUCUUUGUUAUGAAACUCAUCAUGAAACCUCUCAUUCCUUUAAGUAUGUACGUAUGUAUGUAUGUAUGUAUAAAACCUUACUAUAGGACUUGAACAUAUCAACCAGAAAAGAUGAGCCAUACCUCACUGUGUGUUAGAGUCAUACGCCAUAUUGCCAGCUGUGUGAGAUGAUAUAAACCCGAUUGAUGUCUAUUUAUUUGAUCUAUACCCGCUGUGAGAGCAUGGUGAAGCUGUCAGAGGACAACAGCCGCAGCUCCCAGACGACGACAAUUCAGGCUGGGUGAUGCUUAACAUCAACCAUCUUCUUUUUUUCUUUUUUUUUACUUAGAACCUUACAACUCACACCCUGACGUGACAGUCAUGAUGACAUUCAACAGCGGGAUACCUGACAACACCAUGCAUUUGUAAGCCUCUUUGGAGCGCAACACACUGACACCUGCCAUGUCCUCUCACACACCGCUGCAGCGCUCGCUCCAUUGUUUAGUCAAAUCAGCCAAUACCUUGACACCGACAAAGACCGAGGUCUCAAAGGCGGCGUGCCACUCCCAGGCCUUUUCAUGUGUGAACAUUACCGCUCGCGUCUGAUCUCCACAGCCAUCGCAACUGCAGUUUAACUCGUUUUUAUCAGGAAACUGCUCAUCAGCACCCGCGCAGACUUUAGAGGAUGAGUGUCUUUUAAGAAAUCGAUUAGCGCUUCUUCUUUGUUUUGUUUUUCCUCUGUUGUUUCCAGUGCAUGCCAGAAUUGCUUUGAAGUUCACCAACACGAAACAGGAAUUUUCAGUCCUCUCGCUUUCGCUUGUCUCUUUACCAGAUUGUCUAUAAUUGUAUCAAAAGAAUCUGCCUUAUUUCAUAUCAGACAUCACAAUCACAAACGUAAGGAGGUGGUCCAAGUGCAAAUUCUUGGUGGUCUAUUGCUUGCAGAUGAUUUGUAAUUUUAAGUACAUCAUGUAAUGGCGAAUAACCUGUUGUUAAUAUUUCUUGGGUUUUCUGGGUUGAAUUUAUUAGCAAAAACCAUUUGGAUUUCUUUGACAUGUUGUUAAGAUUCAUGACUCCUUUUCAGUGGUGCCAUACUAAAGAUCAAAUGAAUUACAGUUCUAUGAAAUGAUGCCUUCAUACUUUGAUGUUUGCUUUGCUAAACUAUAAUGGAACCGACUAAUAAAGUUUAAGGUGGAAGCCGUGUCUCAGUUUU